CAAAUACAGAACUAUAUUUACUCGAUGAGAUCGAUCCAAUACCUUGAGAUAUCUGAUCUUGAAGUCUUGAUAGACGUAUAUUCGGUUGACCCCUCUUAUAGCCACUUCCAGCUGUUGCAUUGGCUACAGCCUUGUGCUUGCCUAGCGCGAAUUUCAGCUCGACAUUGCUUCCACUAUCAAACCUUGCGAUGAAUCCUCCGGAUGAAGCUGCCAAAGAGACGCCGCAACGCCAAGAGCAAAGCCUUGUACGAACGCUAGUCUCGGAGGCUCAUCCUACUCGAACACAUAAAGACUACCAAAUCGGAGUCAUUUGCGCCUUAGCAACUGAAAAGGCUGCUAUGGUAGCUAUACUAGAUAAAACUCAUCCUAAAUCAAAGAAGGAAAACGGCGAUGAUAACGAAUAUAUACUAGGCAGAAUUGGGGUAUAUAAUAUCGUUAUUGCUUGCCUUCCAGCCGGCUUGAUAGGAAAUGGUCCUGCUACUAUUAUUGCAAAUAAUAUAUAAUAUAGCUUUCUAAUCAAAUUCGGCCUUAUAGUAGGUAUUAGAGGGGGGGUUUGGACUAAGAAAGGUAAUAUUUAUCUUGGAGACAUUAUUAUUAGUCAACCUAUAGGUAUUUAUAGUAGUAUUAUAUAAUAGGACUUUAGAAAGAUAGAAAAGGAUAGAAAAUUUUAG